CUCCAGUGUCCUCGAUCAACGAUCGGUGGUCCGGACUGGAUCCAUUGCGCUACUACAUCGACGGGCAGGCCAACGCCCGUCCCUAUCCGGACGGGGUUCGGCCCUACCUAGACGCCCGUAAGAACCCGACCAAAAUUCCCCAGAAAAUGGGAAUAAAGGUUCCUAAAUCCUCCAUACCCCCCAAGUGUACUUGCGUCAAUAACGAAAAUACAAUCCUCGAACGACGCCACGAGCGUCUCCAGGCCAUGGACAUCGACGAACUUGUUCCUUCUCACAUCACUGCGUCCGCAGCGACCACCACUGUCGAUACGACCACGGACACAGAAGCUGACACCACUACCACCACCAUCACUACCACUACCACCGCCGGCGCCCUGAAAGUCGUCACAACCACCACCAUAACAACUGUUACGACGAUUUCCCAGGCAACUGCUAAGACCGACACUACCGCCGCCACCGACACGGCCGCGGAACCAACCACAGAGACCGUAGAUAGGCCUACAGGGGAGCCGGCCGAAGGCGAAGCUGGUAGCAAGACUAGCAUUUCUAAAGCCCCUGGUCGUCAGGAUAGUCCCCCCGCCGCCGCGCGCCCGCGGGGGAAGAAGAGACGCCGAAGCCAAUAGACCCACUAGCAGGCCGCCUCUCCUCUCUCAUACUAUCUCUCCUCCCCUUUUCAGUGUCUGGGAGCGGCGGCCUAAGUAGACUGAGCCUGGGGCGACACAAGUACCUACGAUGCGGCACGACAUGAUAGAGCGAGGUCGGGAUGCAACACACACGAAACGAUGUCGCAUGAUACCUAUACCUAAA